CUGUUGUCGUUUCUCUUCGUUUCGUGCCCUUGAUGUUACUGCUCCUCCUGGUCUCGAACCUGUGCAUAUGGUCCGAGAGUUGAGUGCCCCUACCCAUCGUAUCUGUCUCCAGAACUUGGCCUGCCUAUGCCGUCCCCGCUGGGUCAGAUGUGCUGCCAUUGGCCCCUAGAUGCUUGAGGAGCGAAUCAAACGCUCGCGCCUGUCGCAUGAUAUCCUCUCGACGGGGACUCCCACCGCCUGCGAUCCCCGAAAUGCAAGUCUUGGGGAAUCAAAAUCACACGCAUGUCGAUAGACAACAUGAUGUCCCCAUCUUAUACGACCAUGAGUUCGGAAAUCCUCCCUUCUACGAUAUCAAUGCCUCAGAUCAUGUCCUCUGGAGUGCCCAGGAGCGCAUUUGGAACCUGGAUGACUUUGUAGCCAGCCACGAUGCCAUUAAUAACUUUGUUCAUCUCUAUCAAGAAAAGCAGCACCCACAGCCGCCACCGCUACCACCAGUAGAUGGAGCAAGCAGUAACGAUUGCCACCAUGUCUUUGAUUACCACGUCCCGCUCGGAGAGUGGCCACAGGCUCUAUCUCUCGACACGGCAUUUGACAAGUUCAAAACUCCUGCAGCCUCCUUAGAUGCGACUCUAUAUCCUCCCACAGCGCAGACCGGUUUGGCCCCACUGCCGGCGAUGUUGCAGCCUUCGAAGAAUAUCAAAUGGAAUAAUAGGUCGUUGUCUCCCUUAUCGCCUAGAGACGCCGAGGAAAGUCCAACAAACCAAAAGAAGCGUAAUAGGAAUAGGCUGGCUGCCGCAAAGUGUAGGAGAAAAGCCAAGCGCGGAGUGGAUGAACUGCAACAGAGAGAGAGGGACCUUCUAAGAGAAAAUAAGAUGCUGAGCGCUCAGGCUUGCGCCUUGCGUGAGGAAGUGCUUCAACUCAAAACCGAGAUACUCCGACACAAAAAGUGCGACAACGACUUUAUCAGCCAGUACAUCCGCAGAUCGUCUACGCAGUCGGGGGUGGGACCGUCCGAAAACAGCACUUGCAACAGUACUCCGAGCUGUACCGAGUUCUGAUUACAGGUUGGAUUGCCUACGAUUUGCCUUCACUAACUCGGCGAUGGAUUACAUGUUUUUGCUCAUUUUGCACCCUUUAUACCCACUCGGUGUCAGUGCUUCAGUCUCGGUUGGGAGUUCUGAACGGAAAUACCAAAAGUUGAUUUAGUUUUAAUGGGCGUACACGUGGUGGUGUUCACGGUUUAAAAAGGACUUCACAAGUGUGUUUUUUGCAUGAUAUAGCUUCCUCUUACGAGGCCGUCUCCAAGACUAUAAUUACAGAAGAAUUAGUCUUCGGUACACAAAAUAGACCUUUUUACAGCAGAGUCUUGAGUCAUGAGCUCAUUCCGCCAUCUCACAUAUCUGACCCUUGCAGAAAUCUUUAACAUUACAUUUUUUUAGAGCUGGGGGCUGUUUCCGCCUUCAAAUCCCUGAUAACCUUGUCACACAUGACCGUUAUAUAUGGCAUAUUGGGGAACCCUGUAUCUAAAGGGGUAAGUUGCCUAGUGCAAAGUUAACAGUGACAUGUUCGU